AUUUUAACGAAAUUAAUAAACAGACUUUUUUUAACUCUAAUUUUAACUAGUAUAAUAAUAUAUUUUUUCUCAUUUCAUCCAAUCAUAAUUGGAAGAAUAGUAAUUUUUCAAGCCAUCAUCUUAUCAAGGUUUAUCUCUAGAAAAACUUUUUUCAGAUGAUUCGGAUUCUUUAUUUUCAUUAUUUAUUUAGGAGGUAUUCUAAUAUUAUUUUCAUAUAUUAUUAGAUUAAUUAAUUCAAAAAGAAUUAUCUUCUCUUCUAACAAAGUUCUAAUUUCAACUUUUUUAAUUUCUUUCUCAUUUAACAUAUUCAAAGAAAAAAAAAGAUUUUUAGAAAUUUCUUCAAGUAAGUUCACAAAAUUAAUUAUAUCAAUAUUUAGAUUAAGAUCAAUAAAACUAAGAAUUUACUUAAUAAUUUUUCUUCUUUUGAUUUUAAUCAUAGUAGUUUAUAUGACAGAAAAUAGAAAAGGAAAUAUACGAAAACUAUAA